AUGAUUGGGAUGAGAAUGAAUGCGUUUAACGAUACUGGACUUGGAGAACCGGAGCAAGAUGCAAACACGGCUCUCAUAGAACUUGAUAAAGGUUUACGUUCUACCAAGACUGGGGAACAAUGCGAAGCCAUAGUACGUUUCCCUCGACUAUUUGAGAAAUAUCCCUUCCCAAUAUUAAUAAACUCGUCUCUGUUGAAAUUGGCCGAAGUGUUUCGCACCGGGAGUAAUUUUUUACGAGUAUGGGUUCUAAGAGUGUGUCAGCAGAGCGAGAAGCAUCUGGAUAAGAUCUUGAAUGUAGACGAGUUUGUAAGACGCAUUUACAGCGUUAUACAUUCGAACGAUCCAGUUGCUAGAGCCCUUACCUUGCGUACAUUGGGCAGCGUAGCCGGCAUUAUUCCCGAAAGGCAACAAGUUCAUCAUAGCAUAAGAAGAUCCUUGGAUUCUCACGAUUCAGUUGAAGUGGAAGCUGCAAUAUACGCCGCUCAAAUGUUUGCGGCGCAGUCCAAAUUAUUCGCUGUAUCUAUGUGUAGUAAGAUUUCCGACAUGAUCAGAGGUCAAGCCACCCCCGCUUCAAUGAAGUUGCAGCUGAUACCGAUUCUACAAUAUAUGCAUCACGAUACUUUUACAGCAUCAAUGGUAAAUGAAUUGUGCAUGGAGCUUCUGGCAAGUUAUCCGGCAGCGGAUUUUGUCAGAGUCACUCUGAGUGCAUUAAGUACCCUGGCUUCUGCGACGUUAAUAGACGUGCCACAACAGGUUGCAUUAUUAUUGCGCUAUUUGCAAGAUGACCCAAGACUGUCUGUUAAACGUCACGCCUUGCAUCUUUUGCACAGUUUAGCUAGAAGAGGGGCACAUCUUUGGCCACAGGGCGCCCUUAAUAAUUUAAUUGAGAGUACCACGACGCUUUUACAAGAUGGUGCAGGAAAUACAGAUCUUCUCAUCCGUACUUUGGACGUAAUUGAGGUACUUAGCCAAAAUGCUGCAACAUGCGAUGCAAAUAUGGAGGAAAAUAGUCCCUUAUUGCAAUUGUGUUUGAAUGCGUGUUAUUCGCCCGAUCCGUUCGUCGCAGUAAAAGCAAUUACUAUACUUUCUAGAGUUGCCUGUUAUUGUUAUCAAGAAGGGUUGCCGGCUUAUGGUAUACAAGAUGUGAUUUCUUGUCUCGAAUCUCUGAUCGUGUUGCUAGUUUUGGACGACAAACAUUUACAUCAGUUGAGGGCAUGUUUACGUUCGACAGUAAAGCUGUGUCAGUCGCAGCCUAGUCAUUGCCCUAUAUUUGUCGAUGCUAUUGGUUCUACCCUCGUCAACGCUAGUGCAGAAAACGGUCAGAACGAGAAACAAACGGUUGCACUGUGCGAAGCUUUGGGUGCUAUUGGUAGUUUAGGAGAGAAUACAUUGCUUCCGCUUUUACCAGAAAUUUUGAUCAAACUUAAACAGAUGUCUCAUGUACAUACAAAGGUAAUGCUUUGUACAUUGCUAUUCCAAAUGGUGGCUGGGGGAUAUGAAUGGAACUCGGAAUGUUUAGAGGCGGUAGAGAACGUCGUGAGAAAUGUAGAUGGUUGGGCAAAAUAUCGCAUUGCGCGAAGCGCCGCAAGAUAUGGCCAUCAUACAAUUGCCACUGAAAUAUUUAAAGGUCUAAAAGAAACUGUAGCAUCGGAGCAGCUACAUUUUUGGCUGUCUGGUUUAGAAUUAGUUACAAAAGCAGAAUGCUGUCUCAUGAAUAAGAGGGAAGGUGAAGAAAAUAUGAGUAAUCCCGAGAUUGUGGAAAAACUGAAUGGCGCGAUAGCGCGUUACGCAAGUGCUUGCGCUUCUCUCAAAGCCGCUAGCACUCCAUUACGUAGUUUGCAAUUUCCAAGCGAAUAUUCGAAAUUACGUUGUGAAUUCUUACAAUCUAUAGCGCAAUUAUUACAUUCGUGCAUAUCUUUGUGUACCGCACCACCACCAGCUAUAGCUGUCACAGUUGUCAUUGCGACGAAAGAUGAUCUCCAGAGAUACGGACGCGUUACGCAUCAGUUAAGGAAAUCAGCGCAAGAUUUGAAAAACUGUGCAGAAAAUUACCAGAAGCUAUAUCAAUCAGCCUUUGAUGCUGAUCCGGGAUCGUUGGCGAAUAUUCGGGCAUUACAAGAAAUAUGCCGGUUACUUGCAAACAGCGUGGAACGGGUUUGCGGUGGGCUCGGUAUCGCAAUGUAUCAGCAGCAGAACGAUUCCAUUUCAGUGAAUUUCCAUUUUGGCGAUUCCGUAGAGAUGCGGCAGCUGGCUCGUUGCUGCGCCGAGCUGCGUCGUUUAGCACCACCCUGGGUGGACAAUGACUGCAAGACCGGAUCAAUAAGCCAUUUGAGAGUCAGUUGUUUGAUAUCGCAAGUGACGCUGCUCGCCGGUGGAACAAUGAGAUUGCCGAUCCCACGAUAUUUCUUCCAAACUCUACAGACUACUAGCAUUAAGUUAUCGGUGUCACCUCAACCACGUGUUCUCGGUGAACCCGUUUCUGUGCCGCAAGGUAGUCAACUAGCGCUCAAAGUCGAGGGAGUAUUGCGACACGGUCGUCGGGCAUCUCUCUUCCGUUCCGUCGCUGCUGUGUGCAUUUCCAUCUCGACGACGCCGCCGUCGAAAAUAAAUUCUGACCAAAAGGAUUCCAAUAUGAAUGAAUUGCAGCAAACGGUGACACCUCAUCGAGAUUUCUUCGCUUGCGAGUUUUUACUAUCCUUGGGAGUACCUGGAUCUACGAUCAUACCUCCAUGCACGAUUGGUGCAAACACCGUUCCAGGUAGUGGUGGCCAAUACCAAAUCACGGCGAGCGCGAGUAUACUCGACAAGGACGGCAAUGUAUGGAAGUGUGGUCCACGUUCCACUCUCCCUGUUCGAGUACAUGAGGAGCCUGCGAAGAGGAAGUUACCUUGAGGAUACGCACUCGGUAGCACGAUAUAGAUAAUAUAUAUUUUAUAUUUUUAUUGAAAUAAAUUUUAAUAAAAUUAAAUUUCAAUAAGUUCACAUGUGACAUGUCUCAACUUCGCUUUUAAUUUUAAUGGCCACAUAAUGCGUUUGUAUUAAUAAUAAUAAUAAGUACGCUGAUGUAACAUGUUGCAAACGUAUUUUCUUGAUUUAUUUAAUUCUUUGUUCAGAGAAGAUCCUAUUUUAAAACAAAAGUUUAUAUCAGCGCGAAAGUUUUUCAUUACAGCUAUAUAAAUGAAGAAUAUUUUUUGCUUAAAUAAAGCGAAGUUGUUAAAUUUUUUACUAAUUAAACCCACAAA